ACAUAGCGGGUGAGUUAGCACAUCUCUCGUUGUAAGGUUGUGUGUUCGAUUCUCAGUGACAACAUUUCCCCUUCCUCCUCAUUGUAAAUAGGAGUGGGCAUUCGGUCGAUUCGAUAUUCUCAUGUAUGAUGUAUAUACAAUAGACAUAUAAAAUAUUGUUUUUAUUUCGAAAAUCAUAUAUGUAUUAUAAUACAAGAAAAUCUUAUUGAAAUACUUAUGAUAACAAUUAAAAUGAUCUCAUGAAAUACAAAAAUUAGAGAGAUAAUUGAUAAUUAUUUUAUUUUAAAGAAUGUUAGAAAAGAUAUUACAUUUUAAUUUUAUCAUAGUUAAAAGUCAAUUUGAAGCACAUCUCAAUUUUGGAACAGGGCCUCCACGAUCCAUUUGACAACCCUGCUUCUUUGGUUGGUUGGGGAGGCUACUCGGUGUUUUCUCGGAGUUUGGUGGCUCUGCCAUGAUCUUCUGCUCUCGUUGUACUUUGAUCUCUCUGUCUCGGCUCCCUCUGCCUCUCUAGUUCGGAACAAUUCACUUCACAUCCUUGUCGACCGUCAUGUAAUCUCAUUUAUGAGAUUCACUAUGAUGGAUGUCUUUUGAGCAAUUCUAGGAGGCGGCAUAUGACAUUGGACGUCGCUGUGAUCGGACGAGCUAAUGUUGGUCUUGGUGCUACUCUGUUUGGUUUGGAAGCAAGAGGUAUUUUGGAUGUUCUAAAUUUGAAUCAAGUGUUCAUAUCCUUUGAGUGAUUGAUUUCAUUCUUUGUUUUUGCUCUUCACUAUGUUUGCUUUCAACUGAUUACUUUGGGAUGCUUUACUCUAGGUUUGAAUUCAGUGUAUUUCUCUGUCCCUCUCUGUAAUUGAUCAUUCAUACUGCAAUGCAAGAGCCCCUUUGUAAAAAUAAUUCCUUCGACCUAAUUCAUACUUUUAAUGUGGGUGUUUCCACAUUUUUGUUUGUUUCAUAAUAAAUAAAGAAUAAAAAAUCAAAUUAAAUUUGAGUAUUCAUUUUCAUUGGAUAUCCAAUACCAUAAGCCUAAUUUUGAUGUAAGCUAAAACAAAUUGGAUAUAAACCAGCCUCAAAAGUGAUAUUACUCAAAUUUAAUUUAACUUGUAAUGAUUCAUCAUUCAAAUAACUCCAUCCCGCUACAAAAUCAUUGACUUGUAAUUAAUGGUGAAGCCAUGAGUUGAAACUAAGUGUGUACAUUUUUCAUAAUAUAAUUGAAUAAAAACAAGAAAUGAGUCAUAUUUUAGGGACAAAAAUAUUCUUUUAUCACCUCAAGGGUGAUGAGAUCAAUCCAUUUCUUAAGCACAUAUGCAGACUUUUUUUUUACCAUAACUUAUCGUAUGUCUCGUGAGAAAGUCAAAACUAUCCUAUUCUAUCUAUGGUUGUAAUGGGCUCAUGAGUCCUGAACUUUUCUUCGUUUCUUGUGGAAACGGAUGGUUAGAGAUGGCAACAAAAUCGGAACCAAUGGGUGUCCUAUCCUACUCAACCUGAUCGAUGUGGAUAAAACUUGUGUUGACGGGUUUUGAGUCGGGUUUGAGUUUAAACUCUUUCACUAUUCAACGGGUUGGGUUGAAUUUGGGUUUAGGUAUACUCGCUCCAUGGAUAUCCGUCCACACCCAUAUAAUUAAUUUUUCUGGUAUAUUUAAUAUUCUAAGCAACUAAUCUUCUUUAUGUUUGUGAAAACAAGUCUAAUUUUUUUUUCUAAUUGUGUAGAAUAAAGAUAUUAUCGAGUGUAGAGUGAAGAAUUUUAAUUGACAAGGAGGAAGAAGCUUUCAAUUAAUUAUGUUGUUUAUGGAUAAUUUGCGAUUUGCUUCAAUUUUCUUGAGUUUUCAGAUUGGUGUUGAACAAUUUGAAUGGUUAAUUUUUUAUUUGCUUGAAUUUUCUAGAAUGGUGUUUUACAUAUGGAUGAUCUGUAUUGAGAUAUUUAUAUUUGACUUUUAUUUUGAUAAGAACUUGUCACAAAUCGGGUUGCUCCAUUAGUACGAUAUUGUCCGCUUUGGACCAAGCCCGCACGGAUUUACUUUUGGGUGUCCUCCCCAAAAGGCCUCGUACUAGUUGGGUUAGGUGGACACUUAUAUACAAGGGUUUCUUCUCUUGUAUUUCCGAUGUGGUACUUGGAUUGUUCUCAUAACAAAACUUGUCAUUGUAAAAAAUUUACGAUAAAAAACCAUGGGUACCCAUGAACUCGCGAAUACUCAGCGAGUUGGGUUGAGUUUGAAUUUUUCAAACCCAGUAAAUUUUACUCCGAAUUUUUUUCACGAAUAAACCCAUGAAUUUAAGUUUGAAUUUGACAAAACCCGACUCAUUACCAUUCUUAGAUGGUUGGGAGAUCAAAGAGCCGGGAAUUAGGUUGGAAAGAAAGAAAUUAAAGUGAUGUAAGAUGGUUUGUUGGGGUUUUUCGUACAUUGCCGUGCCGCUCGAACUCUCGAUCGUCCUCUUCCUCUCUCUCUCUAACUCAACUGUUUGAUGAUCACCUUUCAAUAUACGUACGUACCCUGUAUUUUUUGUACGUACACUUUACACAUAUAUCUACUACACGUCAACUAAGUAACCAACUCCAUAAUUACAAAGCCCCUUUUCUUUGCUUUGUUACGUACCAAAUCGUGUGUUAUUGUGUAUCCUCCAUCCGCCAUCUUGCCUCUUUGAUGGGGGGCAGCUUUCUACUCUCUUCUUCAUCCUCAUUUAUUGGUUACUAUGCUUAUUUUCUGGAUCAUGUGAUAAUAAAUUCUAUCUCCCCUAAGCAAAUAAUAAUAAUAAUAAUAAUAAUAAUAAUAAUAAUAAUAAUAAUAAACUCGUCUCUAUCUAACUAGACGAAUUUCACAGACAUGAGAAUUCGCGGUAAUUUCAAUCAAAUCUCACAUAACUUUUUUUUUUUGACGAAAACCUGAUUUCAUUACGAAAUAGGGAAGUGAUACAGAGUUUAGACCAUAGUCAAAGAAAGAUAGAAGCCUGACCCAAACGACAAUGCAAAGCCCAACCAAAUACAGAAGCCCACCGAAAAACUAAAACCAGAAAACACACACAACAAUCACAUUCCAACAAACACAAGAACCCAACAGAAAACCCAACAACCUUUCCACUCCAAUGAAGCGUACAAAUACAACCCUAGCCCAAAGCAAUCCCAAACCACCAGCCACCUACUUGUUGCCCCAAGUAGCCGCCAACAACCAACCCUGCCUCAAUCUCCCACCACCGCGCCGCCACCAAACGGAAGGAAAAACAAUCCACCACCAACAAAGUCAAUGGGAUCAAAGAGGGGAAAAGAUCCACUCUCUCAAUCCCAUCGACACACACCGCCACCGUCGCCCCCAAACCACGCACGUCAACCACACCACCUCAACCACCGCAAACCACAACCACCACCCGCAAAAGGAGAAGAACAGAGAAAAAAACAACACCCCCAUCACCUGUGACUCACGAACACCACCAAUCCAAGGCCAAACAACAUACAUGAGCAGAGCAGCAAGAGAUCGAAAAGGAGGCAGCAUCCCUACACCCCCACAUGACAGUAGAAUCAAGAGGCAUCAAACCAAACCACCGAAUCACUACGCCAUUCUGAGUGAAGCAAGGUGGACAGCUUUAAAAGUCACGAAAGAAGAUGUAAAUUGCAAAGCAAUUCCCUCUGCACACAGAGAACGACCACAAGAUCUGAGACUCAGAUCUGAGGUGUGGAAGAAAACCAUCUCAAGAGAUAGGUUUUUGGCAAAAUCCACUUAGGGGUAGCAGUCUAGAAAUUCAUAAAUCCACAAAGGGAUUGGCAAAGCAUGAAAGAAAAGAAGAUGAAGCAAAGGAAAAACAGAAAUGAAACUGGAUUGGGUGGCCGCCGAUCACCUAAAGGUGAAUCGACGGCCCCCGAUUGGAGAUUGGAAAGGGAAAAGUUUAGAGAGAAGUGGGAGAAUUUGAAAGUUGAGAGAGAGAACGAAUAUAAUUGAUCUCACACAAAUCUCACAUAACUGAAAAUUAUAACUACGGCACCCAUUCUCACGUAUUCUUUUUUUUUUUCUCGACAAAUUCUCCCUCUUCUCCCUCUUUCUUUUUCUCUUCUUUAUUUUCAUAAUUUUCCUCUUCCAUCUCUCACAAAGGGGUAAAUUGGUAUUGUAAUCAAAUCCCACAUUUUAAAACUCAUUUUACACAUGACAUUUUGGCCAAUUUCAACUAACUAAAAAAUAUAUAUAACCAAAGUUAAAGUAAAUUCUCACAUUUUUCAAAUUUCCACACACAAACAAACACUUAUGGAACAUCAUGAAUCUUACUAUUAUUAACCACGCACAUUAUAAUUUACUAUAUUAUGAAUAGGGGUGAAAAUCGGUACGGUAUUGUAUCCCAAUACCAAAUAUCGAAAUCCCGAAUACCGAAUUACACCCUAAAGUCAAUUCCAACCCCAAUCCCUAAAUUAUUUCGGUAUCCCAAUUCCAAUCCCUAAAUAUUUUGGUAUCCCAGUCGGUACUUCGGAAUCCCAAUCGGUAUUAUCGAAUACGAGAUUAAUUAUCUUUGCAAUUAAUAAUUAAAUAUAUAAUUAGAUUUUAUUGUUUAAUUUAGGGGAUAAAGACUAAGCAAAGAGUUUUGAAUUAGGAUAUUAUUAAGGAGAAUGGAGGAGAUGAGACAUCUCAAGUUCUUGUCAUUGAUAAUCUUUAAUUUGACGAAUUGGAGGUUGAGAGACGACUAUUAAUACUGAUCGAAUGAUCUAUGUAUAAUUAAAUGACACUUUUGGUGGUUGAUGGUCAUGUAGAGAGUCUAGUUGAGAGGAUAAAAUACAAACUAGCUUAUAUUUCGGUAUAUCCUGAUCUCAAUCCUGUAAUCCCUAAUACCGAAUAACAAUUAAAAUUCAAUCUCAAUUCCAAGAAAUAAUACUUGCAUUCGAUAAUACCAAAUAUAGACAAAUUCGGUACGGUAUUUGGUAUAUUUCAAAUACCGGUACCAAACUUCCAUCCAAUUACCAAUUUUGGAUAUUGUAGCAUGAGAAUAAGUAAUAAAUGGGGGUUGAAACAGUAGCAGUAAAUAGUAAUAGUACUUUUCACCCAAAAAAAAAUAGUAUUAGUUAGUAUUAUAGUACUAGAGUAGAGGAGGUAAUAAUUUUAUGCGGUUACAAUAAGAGGGUCGGGUGGGACCGGUGAGAUCUAACAUUUGACUAGAAAGAAUUGUAAAGAUUGAUUGUGGGGUAAAACCGUAAAACUGAUUCUGGCCUUUCCCUGCUGUUAUGAUGCUACUGCUGGGGUUGGGGCUUCAUGCUUGACCGCGCCGGAUCCCAUCAAUUAUUAUUUGCCGUGGGAUUACUAUAUCGUAUUCGUACUUGAUUAACCGGUUGAACCGAAAAUAGUGAAAAUCGGACCUAAUCUAGAACCGUACGUGUGUUGGAAAAUCGAUUGAGCCAGCCAGCAUCGGCAAGAAGUCGAACAAGCGUACUGUGAUAAAUCGGUAUGUAUUGAUUCAACUGUCCGCAUGCUAUUUAUAAUGUAAAAAAUACGCCCACAUUAAAGGAAACGAUGCCGUUCCAGUUAAAAGGAAACGAGAGAAAAAAAAAAAGCAUAGUGCAAAUUACUGAAACCCUAAUAGCCUUGUCUAUCUUCAUUUUCGUCGUCUGUCUGAGUUCGAGACGAGUAGCGGCCAAUACCUCCAAUGAUACGCUCUUACGGACAAACUUUUUUUUGCAAUUCUAAUCAAUUGCUACAUGUUUAAAAGGUGACCCAAAUGGACAGUAGAAUAGAAACCCUCUUGUUGAGAACACAAGCAAUCGAUGCUGUGGAAUCAUUCCCGCACAAGUUGCAGAGGAAACUCUUAAGUAUCGAUAGGAUUAAAGCUUUGAUGAUUUCGUAGAUUUGUAUUCUUGGAAAUUAAGUGAAUAACACAGACAAAUUCCACCAACCAAUAAUUAAAUCAAUGAAUAAAAUACUCAAAAUGCCGUCCUUGAUUUUUGGUUAAUCAGUAGAAACCAAGUGGGAAAAUCAAAGAGCCGAAACUAGUAGUAAUCAACAAAAUUAUUCUAAUUACGUCUGGGUUUGGACCACUAAUUAAUUUCGUUAACUACGGAAUCUACUCUCUGUCUCUCUCUCCCCCUCUCGAAUCACUGAUCUGUGUAAAAAGAGACUGGAAAUUUAAGAUUCGCGUACAGGAAAAAAAAGAGUGGAAAAUGUGGAGAGAGAGAUAAACUGAAGUGGGAAUUUAAAACAAACAAAACAAGAGUAACUGAAGCAAGCCCUGUGGGCUGUGGUGUGUUACUGUUCCUGCUGAUUCACAGCUUUGACCUCUCCUCUGUUUCCAGUUUCCUUUGGAUUCUUUUCUCAUCUUCUUGUUUUUUUUCUCAUCUCUCUCUCUCUCUCUCCCCACCAUUUGAAAUCCACAACAACCAAGACCGUGGAGAUAUGGGAUAAAUUGGAGAAGUAAAUUUUUAUGCAUGAGGUAUAUAAUAUAUAUCAUCUCUUUUGUCUUGUUGGUUAAGAAGUUUUAUGUUUGGAUUUUGACAUCCCUACUAAUAUGAAUUUUUCAAAAAUAGCACUGUUAAAACUUUCUUUUUACAAAAAUAGCACUUAGUCCCGAAAAAUUCCAAAAAUAGCACCGUUUCUAGAAAACCAUCACCCAGCGGUUUUCGAUGAAAACCGCAUGGUUACGGGGCGGUUUUGAAAACCGCUCGGGCUGGGGGCGGUUUGGUCCAUGAAUUUUUUUUUCGAAAAAAUCAUAACUUAGGUGGAAACCAUGGUCCAUGAAACCAUACCGGGAGAGUCAUCGUUAGGGUAUUUUAUGGUAAAACUGUGGUUUAAUCGUAGUUCAACCGUUAGACCGUUGAAUACCGCCUACCGAUUUAGCCUUCAAGACUGAUAUUUCUUGGUUGAACCGCCGGUACGGUACGGUUUCAUGGACAAUGGUGGAAACUUCAAUCGAACGUAUCUUUGUGUUCGGGUAUCCGAUCGUCGCGAUUUUUUUUAUUCCACAUAACUUUUCGAGAUCUUGUAAGCCGCAAACCGCCGAAUCCCACCUUCGUCCCAAAAAAAAUAUCGUUUGCUACCGCCGGGUGGGGUGGCAGUUUGCACCCAAACCGCUCCGACCCCGUGCGGUCAGCAAAACCGCCCUAUACCCGUGCGGUUUUCAUCAAAAACCGCGUACUUACCUUGCGAUUUUCGAGAAAGGGUGCUAUUUUUUAAAUUUUUUCGAGACUGAGUGCUAUUUUAGAAGGAAAAAAUUAAACAAUGUUAUUUCUGAAAAAAGUCCUAAUAAUAUACAUUGGUCCAUUAUUUACAUUAUUAAUUUGGAGCAUUUCUACUAUGCUAUUUAGUAUUGGUGUUUUAAUGUACAACUUAAAGUUGUACCAUAACAUGAAAUGUAUAAGUUUAGAUCGUACCAUAAAAGAAUUUGUAUCAUUAUGUUAUGGUACAACUUUACAACUUGAAAUUGUACCAUCACAUAAAGGUACAAGUUCAAG